UCCAUUGGAACGCACAAAGGCUUCGAGCGCCUGUCGAGACCACUGAUCACGAUGCGGGAACCAUUACCACGGGAGCCGCUGUCCUGUCUUAGUCUAAUUUUUCCACAAACCAUACGAGUAUGUAUUAACACCGGUGGGCCCUAUUGAUGAAGCCGAAAAGGGACAGCGUGCGCAAGCAGGAGGCGAUUCAGAGGAAGGAUGUACUGGGGAGUUGGUUUCGCCUCGUCCCGGCCGUGCGUGGUUGAUCUUGGGCACAAUCAGAGCUUCUCCUUCGGGCUCUGUGACUCCGAUGAAUACUAUUCUUUUUACGGGUAUAUCGUCGCCUUCCCCCUGCAGGAUUACGGCGGGAUCAUGUCGGGGCUGGGGUCCGACUCCUGGUGGAGGAAAACCCUGUAUCUGGCCGGUGGUGCCCUACUCGCCGCUGCUGCCUACCUCCUCCACGAACUGCUGGCUAUCAGGAAGGAGCAGGAGAUGGACUCCAGCGACGCCAUCAUCCUCCACCAGUUCUCCAGGCCCAGGAGUGGGGCCCCCAGCCUCUCCCCCUUCUGUUUGAAGAUGGAGACGUACCUGCGGAUGGCAGACCUGCCCUACCAGAAUUAUUUUGAUGGGCAGCUGUCUCCCCAAGGUAAGAUGCCCUGGAUUGAGUACAACAAGCAGCAGGUGUCAGGGACAGAGUUCAUCAUCGACUUCCUGGAGGAGAAGCUGGGAGUGAACCUCAACAAGGGCCUGAGUCCCCAGGAGAGGGCCAUCUCCCGGGCCAUCACCAAAAUGGUGGAGGAGCACUUCUACUGGACUAUAGUGCACAGUCAGUGGGUGGAUAACCUGGAGGAGACGCAGAAGAUGCUGCCAGUGAGCGGGCCCCUCAGCGGCCUGCUGAAGUGGGUCCUGAGUCACCUGACCAGUGGCAUCGUGAAGCGCGAGAUGUACGGCCACGGCAUCGGCCGCUUCUCCAGGGACGAGCUCCACGCCCUGAUGGACAGAGACAUGCGCACACUGGCCACCCUGCUGGGUGAUAAAAAGUACAUCAUGGGACCAAAGAUGUCGACUGUGGACGCCACAGUGUUCGGGCAUCUCGCUCAGGCCAUGUGGACGCUGCCGGGCACGCGGCCCGAACAGCUCAUCAAAGGAGAGCUGAUAAACCUGUCCAUGUACUGUGAGCGGAUGCGCCGGAGGUUCUGGCCGGAGUGGUACGUGGACUGCGAUGACUUCUGCUCGGACGAGCUGAGCGAGGACAGCGGGGCGCUGUCCCGGCCGCUGGACUUCGACCUGUACUCUCACACUGAGACCUACGAGGAGGAGACGGCGGAGAGCAGCACCUCCUGCUCCCACACGACGGACACAGACUGCAGCGGGCCGUCGCUGUCCAACUCCGAUACCGGCGCGGAUACCGACACGGAUAGCUCUGACCAGGAUCUGUGCAAGUGUUAACCCCACCCCUGCUGGCCACGCCCUCUGCCACUGGGCUUGGGUCACUUACCCAGAGGUGGGACAAGCCCUCUCAGCCAAUCAGUGUGUGCCACUGAGCAACACCAGGGCAGGGUGAGAGGUCAGGAGGAGGGGUCACUGCUGUCUGGUUGCAAAAUUAAUACAACGAUGAAAAUGAUGCAAUAUUAUGAUAUUUUUCCACAGCUUCAGGUACUGUAGUCCUUUGACUGGAAUCACAGAGUGAAUGUGGCGGCAUGUGAAACAUACGGCACAUUCCCAUAAGAGAGACAAACACAAGUUAAACAUACACGAUCAGAGUAACGUUACACACGUUCAGAGUAUUGUUAUGAAAAUGAUCAGUGUAAUGCUAAACAAACAUGGUUAGAACAAUGUAACGCGGUCAGUGUGACAUUAAACACACACUUUCAGAGUGAGAGUAAACACAUAGAAUGAUUUGAAACACUUGCAGCCAGAACAAUGUUAAAUGUAGGGUAACCGUGACCCUAUAUUUACUGUAACUGUAACCACACACAAUCAGAAUGAUGUGAAAUAUGCAUUCAGUGUGACAUUAACCACACACAUUCAGGAAGAUAUUAAAUAUGCAGUUAACGUUGUGAGUCACUGGGUCGACGUACUUUUAAUGUUGCUCUUUAGUUGUGACUGUGAGUGACCAUAAUGUUUCCCCCUGUGUUUCUACUGAGGGAUGCAUGCAUGCACACCCCUCAGAAACCAGUCAAUACAACUGCCUUUUUACUUGACUUCUCAGAGUGUUUCUAUGUACUGAUUUGCUAAUUACUCGCUUUGUUAAGUUUACCAUUAUUACACUGGGGAUAGAAAUGUUUGUUCAAAUUAUAUUUUUCUAGUUUUAUUUCUCCAUCUCCUAUGGUGUUAAUGACAUGAGAUGGAGAGAAGGCCUUAUGCCAGAUAGACCAGUCACUCAAAAAAAAAAAACAUCAGAGUGUAUGUGUGUGUGCUACAGCAUAUGUUUUCAUAUUAAAUAUUUUCAUUGUGAAUCUAAGAGCCUAUGAGCAGAACUCUUAUUAUUCUGACCCCUGUAGGUUCCUGUAUGUCUGUAUGUCAUGUAGGCACGCCCUGUGAGUGUCUCAGUUAGAGGCAGCUGAUACAAUCUGGAGUCUUCUUUCUAAUACUGUUUC